AUGGUGGAAAGUUCAUUGUCAUUGCCAGAAAGAGCGAUUUAUGGCUUUGUUCUUUUCUUAAGCUCCCAGUUUGGCUUCAUACUGUAUCUCGUGUGGGCUUUUAUUCCUGAACCUUGGCUAAACUCCUUAGGUUUAACCUAUUGGCCUCAAAAAUACUGGGCAGUUGCAUUACCUGUCUACCUCCUCAUUACUAUAGUCCUCAGCUAUGUGCUCUUAUUUGGAGUAAGCAUGAUGAGUACCUCUCCGCUCAAUUCCAUUCAUACAGUCACAGGUAAUUAUGCUACAAACCAACAGAAGAAGAAAAACCAAGAAGAGGCCAUCCCAGCAUUAAGAGAUAAUCCGAAUUAGUGAAGUAAACCAAGUGUUCUUUCUUGCAACCAGAGAACUUUACACCAAAAGCUGAAUUGUAUCUAGACUAACACCAAACAUUUAUGAUAAGUUUUUGACUGUAAUUUUGACUACAAGUAUUUGAACUAUCUCUCUUGUGUUUAACACCCGAUACUGAAAAUUUUAAAAA